UCGCGUACUUCCGUUCGGAGAGUUGGAGGCGAGCGCUGGACAGGGAGGCGAGCGUUUCUGAGCGAUAGGUUUAAUUGAGUGCCCGGGGGCUCUGUGGAGUGUCGGUUCAAAGUUCAUCACGCUAACCAAGCCCUCACUUGAGGAGAACAGGAUAACCUAAAACUAGAGGGUCAGGAAAUGGGAGCAGAUGUUCGACAUGAUGUAAACGCAAACUUCGAGUCGAGAAAACGCGCGCCCUCCUCGAAGCCACCGUUCACCCUCGGCGAUGUAAAGCGUGCCAUCCCUCCUCACUGCUUCAAACGUUCCGUCCUGCGGUCCUUCUCCUACAUCCUAUACGAUGUCACAGCCAUUGCCCUUCUCUAUCAUGUCACUUCCUAUUACGCACUGCUACCUCUGCCCCUCAGGUACCUCAUCUGGCCCCUGCACUGGUUCGUGCAGGGCUGCUUCAUGGUCGGCCUGUGGGUAGUAGCCCACGAGUGCGGUCACCACGCCUUCUCCGACUACGCAGCCCUCGACGACACCGUGGGCUUCGUCCUCCACUCCGCCUUGCUAGUGCCCUACUUCUCGUGGAAGUUCUCCCACGCCCGGCACCACUCCAACACAGCCUCCUUGGAGCGCGACGAAGUCUUCGUGCCGAAGAAACGCCUCGACGUGACCUGGUGGGACCGAGUCACCGACAACCCUCCCGGUCGUAUACUCCGAUUGACCUUGACCCUACUCCUCGGCCUAACCAUGUACCUGACCUUCAACUCAGCCGGACGCCCUUACGAGCGCUUCGCAUCUCACUUCGAUCCGGACAGCCCGAUUUAUUCGCGAUCCAAACGCGUUUGGAUAUUCCUCUCGGAUGUUGGUAUCGCGGUGGUAUGUUACGGGUUGUACCAUCUGGCGCUAUCGCGGGGGGUUGCAUGGUUAGCGUGCUAUUACUUCUGCCCUCUCGCGGUGACCAACGCGUUUGUUGUAACCGUGACCUUGUUGCAACAUACUCACCCCUCACUACCACAUUACUCGUCCGCUGAAUGGGAUUGGUUGCGCGGGGCCUUGUCGACGGUUGAUAGAGAUUAUGGUGUCCUUAACCAUAUUUUCCACCAUAUCAAUGACACGCAUAUUGCACACCAUUUGUUUUCGACUAUGCCGCACUACCAUGCCCAAGAAGCAACGGCGGCAAUCAAACCUGUGUUGGGGGAAUAUUAUCAGUUUGAUGAUACGCCGGUGUUGAAAUCCCUGUACAGGGAGAUGAAAGAGUGCGUGUUUGUGGAGCCUGAAGGAGAAAAGAAAGGAGUCUACUGGUUCAAUGGUGUGUUGUGAUUUGAGGGUGGGGGAAAAUAUUUUGGCCACGGUAUUUUGACAAAAGCUCGUUUUCACGCCAAAAUACUCAUGCUAGAACUGAGCUUGUAUCUAAUUUACGCUAGUAUCGGUAAGCGAUGGACCAGAGUUAAAUAAAUGAGUAGGCUCAAAAUGUACAUCACUCAACAACAACAGCACAUUUGUUUCCUAUAAUGUUGAAAAUUCCAACAAUAUUCAGAAGAAUCCAUUUAAUUUUUCACUCCACCGUAUCAUAGAAUUCGGAAAUUUUUCAAUCACAUUCAAUGUGUAAAGUAAUGACUGUCAGUUUAAAGUGACACUUACGGAUCAUCAAGGCUCCUCAUGAUAGCGGGAUGAUGAGAGAAAUUUUUCCGAACGGAUUUUAUUUAUUGUCUGAAGUGGUUCAAUAAUUCAAAAUGAAAAUAAUUUGGUGCUAAUUUAUUGAGAGGCACUGAAUACCUGAAAAACUAACUGAAAUGAACGGGAACUUGACUUUUUCAGAUGAUCGCUAGCUGUAACACUAUGAUGGGAUUUUUUCCUCCGAUCAUCGCGAGUAAUAUUUUGACGCAUUCAGCUCAUAAAUAGUCAAGAAUUCAGUAGCAGCAAAUUCUCGUUACUAAGAUUUUUGCUUUUGAUCGACAGAACAACUUACUCUUUUUGAACCACUUGGAAUACAAUCUUCAUUCAUACUCUGUGAGGCUUAGAAGUAUACCUAGAAAUAUUACUCGCCAGCAUUCCCACACUAACCGUUUGCUCUAUACGGUUCGUAGAGAGCUGUGGUUGAUACUUUGCAUGAUUCUUCAUCAAUUUCACAAUGACAUUAAUUUACCGAGUAUUUUAAAUUGCAUGAUGACAAUUUUAAUAUUUUUACUUAUUUUUCAAUUACUAUAAAAGCAUUGUGAUACUAGAUUUAAGAAUCUCCCUGAAAAUGUUAUCGUAAUUAACAAGGAGGAACUAAUUAAUUCCAAAUACGUUGUUGAAAUGUUCCACUUUUAUCUUCUGUGCUCAUGAUAAACUAAUGAAAAAGGAUGAAAAGCAAGUUGUGGAAAGAGUUAAGCGCAAGAGCGAAAGAAAAUCAAUGCAAGAUUCAAAAAAUGACAUUGACUUAUCAUGAAGAAAUUAAAACUGAACUGAUACUUAAAUGUUAUGAAAACUUUAUGACGGAAUGGUUAUUCGCUUAUGAAAUUUACCUCAAUUUUUUAUUUUAAUAUUCACUUACUCAUAAACUCAUUUUGUCGUCAUCAACGCCUACUGACCAUCAUAGCACGUUAGGCUUUGUCUGUCAAUAGGACAGGCAAAAUUAUGAAUACUGCUAUUUUCCUCCCAAUGUAGUGCUCAUGAAAUUUAUAGAGAUAGCUUUUUCCUUUACUGUUUUGUGCAGCCGUAUACCAAUGUCCAUUUUUUGAGCAAAAUAAUGGGUAAGGUUUGAAAAAUUCAAGACUUUUUUACUUAAAUUCUCUGUGAAUAUGAUAAAGCUCUAAGCUCGAAAGCAAGGCAUUCAUUUUUAAUUUGCAUUUCAAACUUUUUUGAAGAAAAUUGAAAUAAAAUGGCAACUGAUUUUUAAACGAACAGGACUGUGGCAUAUUGUUCAGAUUGCCUUUUUAUCAAAUUAAUCAAUCGCAACAAUGAUUAGAACUCGAAAAUAGACUUUUAUUUGUUACGUUCCUGUUUUCAAGAGUAAUUCUCUCCAAUUUGAAGAACUUUGCGUUAUGGAAAAUAUAUUUUUGUGUCAUGGAGAUUAAUUAUGUAAUUUUGUAUGUAACUAAAUCGUAGUGUAGCCUGUCUAUUGUUUAAAUUUAAUUUUGUCUAAUUAUUAAAGAAAACAAAUUACCAAAGAAAAACAAGUAGGAAAUAGUAAAUGUGUGCUUACACCAAAAAAAUAUAAAAUCGACUUUAUGUAAAAACACUUUGAAUAUAUUUGCACAUGUUUUACCAACACAUCACGAAAAGGAAAGAAGGGUAGUGUAAAAGGGUACAAUAGCAGAAAAAAAACCACUUAUUGUGACAAGGAUAGGUGCGUUUUUUCUUUCAAUAUAUCUUGUCUGUUAAGGACACGAUGAUGUUCCUAGUUUUCGUUGUGACUUCCCUCGAUAACAUUCCUAUUAAUCCAGUGGCCUAGGUAACGUAAUUAAGUAAGUAAGCAAUGAAGCAAUGUAAUGAAAGUCAUCAAUUUUUUUUCUAGAAGUUUGUAAUUCUGAGAGAAAAAGACGCAGCGUUUAAUCGCUCCAUAGAUGUUUUAUGCAUUGAAAAUUGUAUUUCAUUAUUUUUAUACCUUGCAUUACGGAAAAAUAAGUGUUUGUUAAUUUGCACCACAUAAAUUCUACAUUUAUUAAACAGAAAUUCCGACCUUUUUUGCCAGACCUUCAAUAAAGCAAUCACUCAGGUGAAGUAAAAAAUUUA